ACCCCUACCCCUAUCGCCAUCGUUGGCAUGGGAUGCAGGUUCUCUGGCGAUGCAACAAGCCCGCAAAAGCUAUGGAAAUUGCUCGAACAAGGACGGAGCACCUGGUCCAAGAUACCUUCCUCAAGAUUUCAUGUGAGCGGAGUAUACCACCCUGAUGGACAGAAGGUUGGUUCGAGUCAUGUAAGGGGCGGGCAUUUUCUUGACGAAGAUCCUGCUCUGUUUGAUGCUUCGUUCUUUAACAUGACCAGUGAGGUCGCUAAGGAUAUGGAUCCACAACAUCGUCUGAUGCUCGAGAUUGUCUAUGAGGCGCUUGAAAGCGCCGGCGUUCCUCUCGAAAGUGUUGCAGGAACUAAUACUGCUGUAUUUGGCGGUGUUAUGUACCAAGACUAUCACGAUUCGCUCAACCGUGACCCGAAAGCUCUGCCCCGCUAUUUCAUCACAGGCAAUGCGGGCGCGAUGGUGGCAAACCGCAUAUCGCACUUUUUCGACCUGCGUGGUCCCAGCGUUACUAUCGACACUGCCUGUUCAACGACAUUGACUGCUGUUCACCUGGCGUGCCAGAGUUUGCGUGCGGGAGAAUCAGAUAUGGCCAUUGUGGUGGGCGCAAACCUGAUGCUGAACUCCGAUGUCUUCGUGACCAUGUCCAAUCUUGGUUUUCUGUCACCUGAUGGUAUCUCGUAUACAUUCGAUUCUCGUGCCAACGGUUACGGUCGUGGGGAAGGAAUAGCCGCAAUAGUAUUGAAAGCCCUCCCAAAGGCCUUAGCCGAUCACGAUCCUCUCAGAGUCAUCAUCCGAGAGACAGCGCUUAAUCAAGACGGAAAAACACCUGCCAUAACUGCGCCCAGCGACGUGGCACAAGAGAAGCUCAUCCGAGAUUGUUACAACAAAGCCGGCAUCGACAUAUCGCAAACGUCAUACAUUGAGGCCCAUGGAACUGGAACUCCCACAGGGGAUCCCUUGGAGGUUUCAGCAAUAUCGAGGGCUUUCCAGGGCCAGCCCCUGCAUGUUGGCUCUAUCAAAGCAAAUAUUGGACAUGUAGAAGCUGCUAGUGGUCUUGCCGGUAUCAUCAAAGUAGCUUUAUCUCUGGAGAAGGGAAUAAUGCCGCCCAAUCCCCGGUUUUUGCGGCCCAACAAGAAACUGAUGCUUGAGAAGAAAAACAUCAAGCUUCCCUCAAUAGUCCAAAAUUGGCCUUUGAAGGGUGGUAUCCGUCGCGCAUCUGUCAACAACUUCGGUUUCGGCGGCUCCAACGCCCAUGUUAUUCUCGAGGGACAUAACCCGGACUCCCGGAAUCAAACCAACGGAUUUGGAGUUGCUGAUGCAGCCCCCGACCCAGCUCGCGUUUACGUUCUUAGUGCAAAAGAUGAGCUGGCUUGUCAGCGCAUGAUAUCGAAUCUGCAUGACUACAUCGAAGGCGCCGAUUCGACUGAGGAGAGAUCCUUACUCGCUAGCCUCGCAUAUACUCUCGGCUCUCGUCGCUCGGUUCUGCCCUGGACAGCUGUCUUUGCAGCUGACAACCUCAAUAGCCUUUUGUCCGCUCUAGAAGACGACCAACUUCGCCCCAGAAGAUCUGGCAAAGAGGCCCGCGUUGGCUGGGUGUUCACUGGCCAGGGGGCGCAAUGGCAUGCUAUGGGCCGGGAGCUGUUCGAUGCUUACCCGGUCUUCAAAAAUGCAAUCCUUGAAUGCGAUUGCUACAUUAAGGAAAUGGGUGCAAAGUGGACAAUUAUGGAUGAGCUCCAUCGCGACGAGGCGGCGACCCGGGUGAAUGAUGCCGAGUUCAGCCUACCUCUGUCAACCACCAUCCAGAUUGCAGUUGUACGUCUGCUCUGGUCAUGGGGAAUUCGGCCGACAGCGAUCACUAGUCAUUCGAGCGGAGAAGCAGCGGCAGCUUUCGCAGCUGGCGUCUUGUCGGCUCGAUCUGCGAUCAGGGUGACUUACAUCCGGGGCGUAUUAACAACCAAGGCCAAGUCAGCAUCCGGCCCCAAGGGUGGAAUGAUUGCCGUAGGGCUAGGACGCAGUGAGGUUAAUAACUAUAUCUCACGUGUCGUUGGCGACAAUAAAGCCAGGUGUUUGGUGGUGGGAUGCGUCAACAGCCCGUCUAGCGUGACUGUCUCGGGCGACCUGCCUGCCCUUGUAGAACUCGAGCAGCUGUUACAUGCCGACAGCGUCUUUUCGAGAAAGCUCAAAGUCACCGAAGCCUUCCAUUCCAGUCACAUGAAGCCGAUGGCCGAUGAAUUUGCAACGUCGCUGGUUGGUUUGCUUGAGUCAAAUACCAGCGACAAGAUGGCAUCUAGCUCAGUGAUUUAUUCAUCACCCAAGACCGGAGGACGUAUGGACAGUCUGGAACCUUUGUUGAGCCCCAGCCACUGGACGGAUAGUAUGCUCCAUGCUGUGGAGUUCGAGUCUUCCUUGCGCGAGACGUGCUGGGACCCAGAGGAGAAAGCGCAAUGUGUCGACGUGAUUGUUGAAAUAGGACCUCAUGGAGCACUGAGUGGUCCUAUCAAGCAAAUAUUGCAGCUGCCGGAGCUUGCAGGAGCGGAUAUCUCCUAUCUCAGUUGCCUUUCUCGGGGAAAAAGCGCCGUGGACACCAUGCGUCACGUUGCCGUUGCGCUGACAGGGCAUGGUAAUCGCCUCGACAUGGACGCCAUUAAUUUCCCCCAUGGUCGAAAUGACGCCGAAGUCAAGGUGCUUCACGAUCUGCCAGCAUACCCUUGGAGUCAUCAACUUCGAUACUGGAGGGAGCCGCGCAACAACCGAGCUCUCAGGCAGAACGAGCAUCCGCCUCAUCAUCUCAUAGGGUCGCGAGACCCUCUGUCGCCUCUAUUCGCACCAACCUGGACACACAGACUCCGAAUGUCUGACAUUCCGUGGGUGCGGGAUCACGUCGUCGGUUCUGACAUCGUUUUCCCAGGCGCUGGGUUCAUCACCAUGGCCAUCGAUGGUAUGUCUCAAGCUCAUCAACCGAAUCCUGAAGACAAUAUAUUUUUCAGCCUGCGGGAUAUUGAGCUCACACAGGCUCUUCUACUGCCUGCCGAUGCAGAAUCAGAGGCCGACUUGCGCCUGACCAUCCGUUCUUGCGAUGAAAAGUCCCUAGGCGUCAAGGGGUGGCACGACUUUUCUAUUCACUCGAUCUCAGGAGAUAAGGAUACCUGGAUCGAGCAUUGUACUGGGCUGAUCCGGCUUGAGAAGCACAACCAAACGAGUUGGGACGGUUCGAAUUUGCCAGCCCUGAACAUGAUGGACCCAGCGACGUAUAGCCGCAAGACAGAUCCGAAGAACCUUUGGGAGUCUUUGCACGAGACAGGAAUAUGUCAUGGCUCCCUCUUCCAGAACAUCACGCGGAUUCAGAGCAACGGACGGUGCUCUCUCUGCACUUUCGAAGUCGCUGACACAGCCUCUACCAUGCCAUACUCUUACGAAAGUCAGCAUACAGUGCACCCGACUACGCUGGACUCGGUUAUUCAGGCGGCAUACGCUCCACUUGUCUCAACUGGCACAAGGUUAAAAGCUGCACUAGUACCAAGACGACUGAAGAAGUUGAAAUUAUCUUCUAGCCUCGGCGACUUCGGGGCCGGGUCUGUGCUGAGGGUGCAAGCCUGCAUGAAGAACCAGAAUUCUCAAUCAUUUUCUGCAGACUUGGUCGUAUUCGAUGGCUUGGCCGGCGACGACGGCCCUUCUACUCCAGACGUACUGAUCGAGAUUGAAGGCCUUGCCUUCCAGUCCCUCGGAGCCAGUCUCUCGGACCGGACACUGGAAUCAGAUGACAAUGGGAAUACUUGUAGCUUUUGGUCAUGGGCGCCGGACAUCACGUUAAUGGAUUUCGGCCGACUGGCGAAUCAGUUGAGCACUGAUGCCGAGCCAAGGGAAAAGGAUCUCAUGAUGGACCUCCGACGGUGCACGAUUCACUUCAUGAAGGAAGCUAUGGAACAGCUGACUAUCUAUGAUAUCGAGCAACUAGAUGGCCACUGGAAGAAAUUCUAUAACUGGAUGAAAGUACAUCUUGCGCUUGCGAGCCAGAAUCGGUUGGGCCCAGACAGCUCCAACUGGCUGCUCGAUGAUGCCGAGCAGAAAGCCAGCAUAAGAACCAAGAUCGUGAAAGGCAGCGUCAACGGCGAAAUGAUCUCUCGUUUGGGACCUGGGCUACUUUCAAUGCUACGCGGCCAGGUAGAGCCACUCGAACUGAUGAUGGAGGGGCGACUUUUGUCUAGAUACUACGCCGACGCGCUUAAGUGGAAACGAUCCAACACACAGGCGAGCGAGCUCAUCAAGCUACUCGCACACAAAAACCCCCGGUCCCGCGUUCUGGAGGUGGGGGGAGGAACAGGAGGCUGCACAGAGCUCAUCUUGAGUGCGCUGGGAGACGCGAAGCCCGUGGAUCGUUAUGACUUCACCGAUGUUUCUGCCGGGUUUUUCGAACCUGCGCGUGAGCGAUUUGCAGACUGGCAAGACGUGAUGACAUACCGCACUCUGGAUAUCGAGAAAGACCCAGCGGGCCAAGGUUUCGAAUGCGGCACCUACGACAUCGUCGUGGCUUGCCAGGUCCUGCACGCAACCGCCAACAUAAAGCGAACAUUAAGCCACGUCCGGAAACUGCUCAACCCAGGAGGCAAGCUCGUUCUGGUUGAGACCACCAAUGAUCAAUUGGACUUGUCCUUCACUUUCGGGCUGUUGCCAGGUUGGUGGCUCAGUGAAGAAGAGGAGCGCCAGUUGACGCCUUCGCUCACUCUUGACUUAUGGCGCACCAUGCUGAGUACAACCGGCUUCAAUGGUGUGGAGCUCGAAGUCCGUGACUGCAAUGACACGGACUUCUACAUGGUCAGCACAAUCAUAUCCACAGCCACAGCCGAGACCGUGCCAGCUGUUGCGGACUUGUCCUCAGACGUCGUUCUGGUGCACGGCGACUGCCCCCCACCUUUGGAGUGGCUGAAAGAUCUGCAAGCAUCCAUUGCAGGCAGCAUUACUGGUUCCACGCCAGCGGUAAUGUCGCUUGAUGAAGCAGAUGUCGUUGGAAAAACGUGUAUAUUCCUGGGUGAAGUCCAGCACUCCCUGCUUGCGACUAUUGGAAGCGGCGUCUUUGCACGUAUUAAGUCAAUAUUGAUCGACUCCAGUGUCGUUCUCUGGGUGGCUAGAGGAGCAAACAUGACUUCUGAGGAUCCUAGGAAGGCUCUGCAUGUCGGCUUGCUACGCACCCUUCGGAAUGAGAGCAAUGGAAAACCGUGCGUUUCGCUGGAUGUCGAUCCUUUGCGCGACCCGUGGACCCCCAAAACGAUUGAUGCCAUCUGCCAGGUCUUCCACGCUUCUCUUGGCGCAGCGACUCAACACAACGAGUUCGAAUAUGCAGAAAGAGACGGCAUUAUCUAUGUCCCCCGUGCCUUCAAUAAUGCUGAUUGGAACGACGUCGAAACAGCUGAGGUCGUGCUAGAGCCUUUCCAACAAAGUCAAGGUUGCCUGCUCAAAAUGGAUAUCGAGACAACAGGACUUUUGGACUCGCUCUACUUUCGAGAAGAGGACGUCCAAGAUCUUCCAACUGACUGGGUGGAAAUCGAACCGAUAACUUUCGGUUUGAACUUCACUGAUAUAAUGGUUGCUAUGGGCCAAAUCAAACAGGACACCGAACCCUCCAUGGGAUUUGAGUGCGCUGGGGUGAUUACAAAGUUGGGUGGAGGAAGAGCCGCUGAACGAGGUCUCAAAGUUGGAGACCGCGUGUGCGCACUCCAAAAAGGCCAUUGGGCAACGAGAGUGCGUACGCCGUGCACUAAUGUCGUCCCCAUUCCCAGCUGCAUGAGCUUUCAGGACGCGUCUUCAAUCCCUCAAGCAUUUGCUACCGCUUACAUCUCCCUUUAUACAACGGCAAACCUACGAAAGGGAGAAAAGAUUCUGAUCCAUAGCGGUACUGGCGGCGUCGGCCAAGCUGCGAUCAUGUUGUCUCAACUGGCGGGCGCUGAGGUUUUUGUCACAGCAGGAACCCAAGCCAAGCGCGACUUUGUUUGCGAAAAGUUCGGCAUCAGCCCAGGCCAUGUCUACUCAAGCCGAGACAGUUCUUUUGUGGGCGGGAUCAGGGACUGUACAGGCGGCACGGGCGUGGAUGUGGUCCUGAACUCCUUGGCAGGCCACCUUCUGCAGGCGACCUUUGACUGCAUGGCGGAAUUUGGCAGAUUUGUUGAGAUCGGCCAGAAAGAUCUAGAGCAAAACAGUCGCUUGAGCAUGCGUACAUUCAUGAGAAACGUGUCCUUUCAGUCGGUUGACCUCCUCGCCUGGGAGAGAGCCAGAGGAGACGAGGUUCAUGAAGCAUUGAAGCAUGUCAUGAAGCUUCUCGAGGAAAGGAAACUCCGUCUGAUUUACCCGAUAUCAGUAUAUCCCAUAUCCGACAUCGAAAAGGUAUUCCGAACCAUGCAGGGCGGUCAACACGUGGGCAAACUCGUUGUAUCUGCUUCAGAGAAAGAUAUGGUCCCGGUACGCAAGGGGAAAUCGUCACUGAAGUUGAGAUCGGACGCUUCGUAUCUCGUGGUGGGAGGACUCGGAGGAAUCGGACGAAGGAUCUGCGAGUGGCUCGUUGACCAUGGUGCAAGACACUUGAUCAUCCUGUCCAGAAGUGCGAAGCACAGCCCAUUCGUGGACGGUCUGGAACAGUGUGGUUGCGUUGUCCUGCAUCACUCAUGUGAUGUAGCGGAUGAAAGCCAGCUUCUGGUGAUGCUCCAGCGGCAUGAACAAGAGAAGAUGCCGCAGAUCCGAGGUGUUGUACAGUGCGCCAUGGUGCUUAAGGACGCGCUUCUCUCGCAAAUGACGGCGGACGACUUCAACGCGGUACUGCGUCCGAAGGUGCAAGGCAGUUGGAAUCUCCACAAGAUUGCCCAGGAUGUCGACUUCUUCAUCAUGCUGUCCUCGCUCGUUGGUGUUAUGGGAGGUGCGGGCCAGGCCAACUAUGCGGCUGCUAGCGUUUUUCAAGAUGCACUUGCGCAGCAUCGAAGAGCCCAGGGCAAGGCAGCCACUACCAUUGAUCUUGGUAUGGUCAAGUCUAUGGGAUACGUUUCCGAAGCGGGCCACGGCAUCUCUGAGCGUCUCACGAGGAUAGGAUACAAAGCCCUGCACGAAGAGGAUGUUAUGCUUUUGAUUGAAAAGGCAAUUUUCUCUCCUCCCUUGCCAUCGCCUUCCUCGAAUUCGUUGCAGGCAGCUAUUGUCACAGGUAUAAAUGCAUCUCCGGGUGCUCACUGGGCUGAAGCUCGCUGGAUUCAGGAGGCUCGCUUUGCGGGACUCAAGUAUCGCGAAGUCCUGAAGGUAGGCCAAAUCACAGGGUCCUCGACUCAACAAGGCCCUGAUGAUGUGAGGGGAGAACUUAGCCGUGCAGCCUCCUAUGACGAAGCAGUUGGCAUUGUCUUGAGAGAAAUGACUCGCAAGCUGAUGAGGAUGUUUGGGCUGGCAGAGGACGACAUGUCGGGGUCCAAGAGUCUCACCUCCAUUGGUGUGGACUCGCUCGUCGCGAUCGAGCUGCGCACUUGGAUCACGUCACAACUCAACGUAGAUGUUUCCAUUUUCGAGCUGAUGGAGGGGAAAACGAUUGCUGGCCUCGCUGAGAUGGUGGUAAGAAAACUCGGCCACGUCACGUUGCAUCGGCCUUAGCGAUGCGGAAAGACGGUAAAAAGACUAGUCAUAGGAGCUCUCAAAGGCGCGAGCCGCGAGGUAUGGAAAAUUGUUUGAAGGAAGGUUGCAGGGGACGUGAGGUUAGCCUUUUAUCCCCUUGUUCUAGUCAGACAGGUCUAGCACUAGUAGGGGGGUCUCGCAGCCUCUAUUCUCAUUGGACUAUACUCUGAUCACGAAAUCUUAAUUACUACUUGCCUAAUUAUAUUUCCUCGGUUAAGCC